AUGGCGCCCAUCGAAGAUGGCGCGUUUGCUCCCAAGAAGGGCAAGGCCAAGGCCAAGACCAAGACCGCGCGCCAACUUCUUGCGCCGGCCGACAAAGACGCCGCACGCACUGCACCGGCCGGCAGCUACGACUUCUCGGCGCCACCUCCAGCUCAGUCACGAUCGAUCCGGGGUCUUGAUGUUCCGCUUGGCUGCUCCUGCUGCUAUUUUACAUUGCCGUAUGCUCUCAUACGAACCGGAUCUAGGAAUAAAAUGUCUGCAUCUCAGAGUAUUAGCUCUGGAACUUGUGAUAGUCCAGCCACACAAGCAUCCGUAGCUUGUUGUCGAUUUGAUGAUUGGUUCCAAGGUUCUAUUGUUGACAUUGACACCAGUUGCACUGGCACUGGCCCAGCCCAACCUGGUGGUGCACCAGUAACAGACACACCUGCAGCUCCAGUUAAUAUCGGCGAAGAUGAUCAAGAUGAUGAAGAGCAGGCUCAUCUUUCUAGCAAGAGGUACAAAAAAUGCACAUCACAUGUCUGGAAGUAUUUCACCAAGAAAAAGGAGGUUAUAGAGGUGGAUGGAAAGCAGUAUGAGCAGCUGUGGGGGUACUGCAAUUUCGCUAGGUGCAAUAAGAGGUACAGAGCUGAGGGCCCUUGUGGGACGACUGCAUUCAAGAGCCAUUUGAGGUCAAAGCACAGUAUUGUGGAGGGACAACAACGACUUGAUGUUGGUAGACAUACUGGUGCUAAGUUAUACGAGACAUUCGGUGAAGUUAUGGUUAAAUGGUAUAAGAAAAGGCUAAUAGAGUACUACAUGAAGAAGUUCCAUGGUGAUCACUAUCAACUUGCACUCGAUGAGUUUAUUUGUGUGGUAAAGAAACUAUACAACUUUUAUGCUAGUUCUGCUCCUGCACCAGCAAAGAAAACUAGUAGUGUGGCUGCACCUGGACCUAGUAACACAGCUGAUGUAUUAAUGGGAAAUGUAGACCAUGACCUAGAAGAAUUUCUAUAUGAUGAAAGUGAACAUGCUAUGGUUGAGACAAAUGAGUUGGAGAGGUGUAUGGGGGAGCCACUACUGAAAAUUGUUGGUGAGUUUGACAUCUUAGCUUGGAAAAACAAGAGAGAAGAGUAUCCUAUCCUUUCACAGAUUGUUCGGGAUAUAAUGGCUGUACAAGUAUCAACGGUAGCAUCCGAGUCUGCAUUUAGUGCUGCUGGUCGUGUUGUUGAUCCCUAUCGCAGUCGUCUUGAUCCUGAGAUGGUACAGGCAUUAAUUUGCACAAAGGACUGGGUUGCUGCAGCAAAUGCGAAAGUGGUUGGAUCAAUUGUGAGUGAUCUUGAAGUUGAUGCUUUGACUAAUGUUGUGGCUAAACUGAAAAUUGAGGACAAGGACAAGGAGGCGAUGGGGACUCGAGGAGGACAAUGA